CUGGGCUUGGUAUAUAAAGUUACAGCUUUCAACCAAAAUGGCAGAAACAGCUACACAAAAUGCUUCAAUAGCUCUGUAUCAUUAUCUUUGUCAGUAUAUUGUUGGAUCAGAGGAGAAUGUUAAAACAAUUAGAAUGAUGAGCACUGCCAGAGAUAAUUUACAAAGCAACAAGACAUGGACAGUAAUAACCAGUGGAAGUUUAGGAGAAGGACUAAUGAUGCGAGGUAGUGAUUUAGAUGUUAUGUUGGUUUCAAAAUUGAUUGAAGUUUGUGAAGGUACAAACGUUUAUUUCAAUGCUAAUAAAACUUAUUUUACAUUGGAAAUGGAAGAUACACAGCCAGGUUUCACUAAGUUACGUCUAGUGCACAGUAAUGGCCGUAAAAUCUUGAAAUAUUGUGACGAGAUAGGUAGUAAUUUCUACUGUUCAAACCUUUCAUUCAAACAAGUAUUUCCAUUUGACAUGUUUUCGACUUUGCAUGGGACCUGCAUAUCCGACAGAGAUGGAUUAUUGGAUUUUGCAUACUGUUUACAUAGUAAAUUAUGGAUAACACCAGCAAAACAAUGGGUAACACGAUCAAAUAAUUCAUGGCCGAGAUACGAUGUCAAACAGGCUAUUGUGAAACACGGGGUUCUAUUUGUUGCUGUUGGUGUGAAAGGAUCUUCACAAGAAGAAUUAGAGUGGCGCAUAUCAUUUUCCGUUGGAGAAAAACUUCUUAUGUAUUCAUUUACACAUACACAACUUCUAUGUUAUGCACUUUUGAAAAUUCUUCUAAAGUUUGUUAUAGUUUUAGACAAAGAUUGCAAAGAAUUGCUUUGUUCAUAUUUCAUGAAAACAAUUUUGUUUUGGAUAUGUGAAGAAUUACCCUCAUCAAUAUGGAAACCUGAAAACUUGAUGUAUCUUGUUAUAUGAGAUGUAUCAGAAGACUUAUAUAUUAUGUUGAAUACAGAGUUUGUCCGCAUUAUUUCAUUCCUGAGAAUAAUUUAUUUGAGAAUAAGAUAUAUGGACACGCACAGGAAACACUUUUAAAAAAGUUGUAUAUUCUAACCGGUUUUGGUUGGCAAUGUAUCUUAUUUUCAGACCAAAUUUCAAGUUUCCGGGCAUUGAAAUCGGAUAUAAAAAAUUCGUUAAGUUAUUUAAAUGUCAACAGCGUUGAAUUACUUUUAUCUGCAGCAUCAUGUUUGCCAGAGUAUUCAGGGUCGAAAUUUGAUUUUCUUUUGAAAAAAGGGAUAUACCACAUAUUGUUAAGUAAGAAUUCAAAAAUCAAAUACCUGUACACAUACUAUAUCUCAAAUUGCUGUUGCAAAUGUGAACAUUUACUACCAUUUGAAGAUUUGUCAGGUAAUAAAUUUACAUAUAAACGGUACACUACAUAUAUAAGUACACUUCUACUGAACACACGUCAUGACGCUGUAUCUGGGUGGCUGAUUUUAGCGUCGUUUUUCUACAGACGGAAACAAUACAAAACGGCUCUUUGCAUCGUUCAGUAUUCCCUAUUGAAAUGUACACCGGAAAAACUUCAAAAAUACCUGACUUUUUCAGACAUUCAUUAUGAGCUAUUCAAUUUACCCUUAUUUAGGAAGAUGACUAUCGUUCAGGUGUGGAAAUUUUUUAUAUUAGAUUAUGUAUCUACUACAAACUCCGAGUUAAUACCGAUUGAGUUACAAAUGAUUAUACAAUGUCCAACGACAUAAUAUAUGCUCAUUUCCUUCGUUUUCUUUGUCAUUAUCGUUUACAGAAUAGCAGACAAUACUGGGAUGCUAUUCGUGAUAUACAGCUGACUAUAGAGAAAAAUUAUCUUAUAUCAUGUCGAGUGUCAAAAGCUAACUGUUACCAUAUCCUAGGGAUAAGUUUUCAAAUGUUAGGAGACAUCGUAUCAGCGAGAAGAGCUUUUAUGCACUCCUUAGUAUUGUUUCCAGAUACAAAGUACAACAGUGCAAUACUAAGAUUACGGUUUUCAUACGCCUUACACUUUUUUAAUCAUAAGUAAAUUAACCAAUAACAUGUAUAAAUUUAACACUCGUAUAAACAGUUGAUAACAGCACGCGUUGUCAGCUAUAACAUUGGUCAAACAUUCUUAUAUAACCACUUAAUUAGAUCUAAAUGUUCACAAAUAAAUUUGAUAUAUGACUUUUUGUGUACAUGAUAUACCCGGUAUAUAAAUAAAAAU